AUGUUAAGGAAAACCAAAUUCUGUUUUUGUUUCAACGGGCUGUCGCUUCUCAAAAUGGUCUUCAUGAUCGUAGUGUUAUUCAUGACCGUGCCGUUUAUAACUCACUACUAUCUGUCUAACAUUGGCAGUGAUGCCGAACUACCUACAUACCACUCAAGAUCCAAGCUAGAGUACUUAAAUGGAGAAUUAGAUCCAAUGAUACCAUCAAAGUUAGAAAGCACAAUCAGUGAUCUUCAGAGAAUCAAAACAUCGGUAAACAACGAGUUACGGAAUUUAGAAAGUAAGCGACAGAAAUUAAGAACGGAAAUAUCAGGGUAUGAGGCCCACGUUGAGGCGUUAAGAUCUCAGUAUGAAAGUUUGAACAAGGAGAUGAACCAAGUGAAAUUAACUUUAGAGCAGCUCAAACUGGAAAAAGAAGAUGUGAUAUCGCAGUAUAUACCAAACAUAAAAGCACCUCAAAGAAUUUUAACUGAUUUGAACAUAGAUCGAGAAGAAAUUAUUCCCAAAGUGACAAUGACCACUGCCAAAUCGUGUCGAAUGCAUACAUGUUUUGAUUAUUCCAUCUGCUCUCUUGUGUCUGGGUUUCCUGUUUAUGUCUACAAUUCCCAGGAUGUGCUUUCUGAUUCGUUUGAAGUGGAAGAGUUUGUGGCAUCGUCGUUGAUUAAAGCCUUAGGUAAAAAUAGUUACGUCACAGAAGAAUCUUAUUCAGCUUGUGUCUAUCUAUUAGUCGUGGGUGAACUAGAAAAUCAAAAUAUUGACAAAUCAAAUUUUGAAUCAACUUUGCAUAAUUUGCCUCAUUGGAGAGGUGACGGCAGAAACCACAUAUUACUUAAUUUAGCCAGCAGUGUACAUAAUAGAGACUUCUUCGCUGGUCUCAAUACAGGACGUGCAAUAGUUAUCCAGUCACCCUUUGUAGACAGGAUUUACAGGUCUGGAUUUGAUCUUAUAAUUCCUCCAAUGGUUGAAGGCAAAGCUGACGGACCUGUAUGGCAAGAGUUACCUUCCCUUGUCCCAGUGCGCCGAAAACAUUUUAUUUCUUUUUGGGGUCAAACUAUACUCCUUCCGAAAAAUUACGAAGUUAAACAGGGUAAAUUUUUUAACUCAAUGAAUGUGCAUAAAACAAACAAUAUUCAUCGCCACCUCCAAAGUGUAGCAGACGUGCCAACUCUUGUUUCCAUAGAAACGCAGAUAGUAACAGCAUUAAAAGACAUGCAGAGUAAAAUGGGUGAAGAAGUUCACAUUUCUUUAUCUUGUGAUUCACUGAAAUUACAGGGUGUGGCGUCGGAAUGGGCUCUCUGUGGACUUCCUUCUCAACGUGCCCAGUUUCUUAAAGACUCUACAUUUUCAAUUCUCAUUGCUCCAAGCAAUUUUUCCAUUGUGUCAACUACAGUGUUUCAAAUUCGACUCGCUGAAUCUCUUAAAUACGGUGCCGUGCCAAUAAUUCUGGGAAAUCACAUGACAUUGCCAUAUUCAGAAAUCCUAGACUGGGACAAGGCUGUGGUGUUUUUACCCACAGCGCGAGUGACUGAAAUUUUCUUCUUCUUAAGAACAUUUUCCGACAAUGACAUUUUAGCCAUGAGGCAUCAAGGCCGAUUCUUUUGGGAAUCCUAUUUUUCUACCACUGAGAAUAUAUUGGACACAACAUUAGCUGUGAUAAGAACUCGCCUACAAAUUCCACCUAAACCAGUGUUAGACGAACCUUCGCCAAGCGUGUUUAAUGCAUCCUUCGUUCCGCUUAAAUAUAAUGGACUCGACACGGAACCAGAGACAGAUGAGUUUCUGGGACCUAAAGAAGAACGCUUCGCUUCCGAAGAGUUUCGCAGGAACUAUACCAAAUAUUUCUUUCAACAGAGCUUCAACAAACCUGGUGAUCCUAACCAUCUGUAUCCAUUUACACCAUUUGAUCCCAUCCUAUCAUCAGAUGCUAAAUUUUUAGGGUCAGGAUUUGGAUAUCGUCCAAUAGGACAUGGUACAGGUGGCGCCGGUAAAGAAUUCAGUGAAGCGCUAGGGGGAAAUCUUCAACGCGAACAAUUCACUAUUGUGAUGCUAACCUAUGAAAGAGAAGAAGUGUUAAUUAAAGCUGUAUUAAGGUUAAAAGGUCUUCCAUUUCUCAAUCGAGUGGUGGUAGUGUGGAACAAUCAAAUACCACCAUCUGUUGAGUUACGUUGGCCUGAUAUUGGUGUUCCAGUUAAUGUGAUUAAGACUGCUAAAAAUAGUUUGAAUAAUAGAUUUUUACCGUACGAUGUGAUUGAAACAGAGGCUAUACUCAGUAUUGAUGAUGAUGCUCACCUUAGACACGAUGAAAUUGUGUUUGGCUUCAGAGUCUGGAGAGAAGAACGAGAGAGAGUGGUAGGAUUUCCAGGACGGUUCCAUACCUGGGACGUGGAGCAUAAAAGUUGGCUGUAUAAUUCCAAUUAUUCUUGUGAACUCUCUAUGGUACUGACUGGUGCUGCUUACUUUCAUAAAUAUUAUGCCUAUCUGUAUACGUAUAGUAUGCCUCAAGCUAUCAGAGAUAAAGUAGAUGAGUAUACUAACUGUGAAGAUAUUGCUAUGAAUUUCCUAGUCUCUCAUAUCACCAGAAAACCUCCUAUUAAAGUAACUUCUCGCUGGACGUUCCGUUGUCCAGGCUGUCCACAGACUCUUUCCAGUGACGACUCUCAUUUCCAGGAACGCCAUCAAUGUAUCAACUUCUUUGCCAAAGUGUAUGGGUACAUGCCCUUACUGUUUACCCAGUACAGAGUAGACUCUGUUUUAUUUAAAACCAGGCUGCCUCAUGACAAACAGAAAUGCUUCAAAUAUAUUUAA